GGACGCGCCAUCGGCGACCGCCAACCGGGCGCGAGUUUGUAGGCAGGUAAAGUGGAGCGUGGUGUAUGUAUCUUGACUUCUGCCCCAUCCCGACUAGUGGGCUUUCCCCCUCAGUUAUCCUGCUGGCGUUAUGGGAGGCAAUGGGAGCAGCCACCACGGCAGGAAGGUUUCCUUCGAGUUGGAUGAGCAUGAGCGAGUGCGGGUGUUGCAGGGAAUCCGGCUUUCUGAAGAUGUAGUGAAUCGCAUGAAAGAACCUCACCAACUUAAAAGGGACCAACGAUCACCAUCUUCUUCUCCUUCAUCCUUGUUGCAAGCUUCAGAAGGAAAAUCUAAGUUGUCUACAGAGAUCCACCCACCAACAGCUGAUAACUUGGGUCGGAAGCCCUCUGAGGCAGAGGAGGAUCUGUAUAAGAGGUAUGAACAAGAGCAGGCAAUGGUUCAAGAGGAGCUGCUCCGCCUGGCCAAAAGAGAGCGGGAGGCAGCCCAUGAGAGUCUGAACACAAGUCUUCAGCGGGAGAGAAGCAGCACCAAUGAAGAGAAGCAGAAAACAGCCCAACUGUCCCAGGAACUGCAGUGGAAGGAGGAAGAGCUGAAAUGGAGAGACACCUUCUAUAAGGAACAGUUGGCCCACAUUGAGAAGAAGAAUACUGAACUCUACAAGCUGACUUCAGAGCAAUACAAUGAGGCAGUCACUAAUGCAGAAGAUCGGAUCAGGCGAAGAAACACACAGCCUAUAUGUGGAAACUUGCAGGCAGAUAUCUUGAAGUGCUACAAUGAAAACAAACAUCAAGUGCUCAACUGCUCAGAACUGGUGAAGGAGUAUCAACGCUGCGUUAGGCUAGCACAAAAGUCCUCAAUUCCUUAAUUCCAUUGGGAAUCGUGUUCAGUUCUAUGGAAUAAGAAUAAAUCUGGACAAAAGUACACCUUCACUGUACAAGAAACCAGGUGUCUUGGGUUCAACAUCUCUUCAAAAUGGCUGAGUAUUUAUGACAACAAAUGGAAAAAAAUAAGGACUAUGCUGUUGGAACUAGACGUGAGCAAAUCCUAUGAUUAUGAAAUAUAAAAUCAUAGAGAGACUUGUAGGUUACCUGGCCUAUGCUUUUCAGUGUUCUAAAAUGAAAUAUGUACCGCUAAGAUUAAAAUGUAUCAAAUUGAAAGCUGAUUUUUCUUUUAGUGACACAUAUAUUCAGUAUUUAGUACAUUUGCUCGAUAAUUUGUCUAGCUUUAAAUUGCAUGCAAAGCAAAGAGUAAAAACACCAAAGAUAGCAGUAGAUACUACUUUGAUUCAUGGGGCUAUAGUAACAAAAAGGGGUACACGAUCACACUCCCUUUUAGCAGGACAUGUAACAUUCAACAUUCAUUGCCUUAGUGUCUAUUAUUUACUUUCGACCCAAGGCCAUUUUAUCUGACUCAAUGUUUGUUGUUCAUCAACUUUGGAACAUCAGCAUAACACACAUGGCCACAGUCAAUACAAAAUGUAAUCCUGCUGCUCCCCCUUCCAGAUUAAUCAAUCCUACUAACGUAUGGGGGUCAAUCAUUUACACCCCUCAUGUGAGUUCAUCCUAUAUAACCCUGGAGCCUGCUACACUCACCUUAUGGUUACACCCAUCAUCCUCUUAUGGAUGUCUCUUGUAAUGGACCCCGUAGUGAAGUUACCUCUUGGAUCAGUCGACAAGUUACCCAAUGAUUUCUUCCCACCUGGGUGGCAGCUGUACCAGUUUUGUCAGGAAGCUGUUGGGGCGUAUUGGGAUGAUGAUGAUGAUCUUUGUACUCUGCAUUGCUUUUAUGCUUUUGUUUUAAAAUUUUAAUCAGAUUUGUUUAAUAUUUUGCACUUAAUAUUUUAAUUGUGUCUUUUUUACACUCUUGUUUUUAAAUUUUGCUGUAAACCGCCUUGAGAUUGUUUUAAUGAAAGGCGGUAUAUAAAUUUAACAAUAAAUAAAUAAAUAUAAAUAUAAAUAAUUAUCAUGUAACAGCUUCCAGAGAAAUAUAUAAAUUUUUGAUCACAA